GUAUAUAACUAUUGAUGCUAGAAUGGUGCGUGCAUGAAUGCAAACGAGAGAAGUGGGCGAGGUAAAAUGCGUAGGCUCGCGACUAGGUGUUUACCGACUUGCCACGUGCCAAUAUAAGCGGCACACGUAGAAGCAAAUAUGUACAAUUUAGGAAAUUGCAUUAGACGGAUAUCAGAGAUCGACAUCUAGAAGAUACACUCGUUCUAUAAUAGCUGCUACAGUAGUCAUAACAUCAUCAUAACAUCACCUGCUGCUGGUGACAGCAGUAAUGCAUAUGGCUAGUGAAAACCAUCGCUCUGCUGCUAGCAGUGCCGCUUCUUGUAGCUGCUGUGCUACCCAUCGUCAGAAGCGUUUUCGUUGCUUGUAUGACAUUACAUUGUUGGGGGUUGUUGUCCUUUUACUCUGCAAGGUACUCAUGCAAGAUCAACAGGCAGCAAGCACUGGACUUGGAAAAGAUGUAGCUGAAAAAGGGCGACAAGAGAUUCCAAUUAGAAGCAAACGUCAGGCAGAGUGUACAUACACGGUUCCCAAAUCACCAAGCACAGAUGAAGUAUGCCAUUGCUGUCCUCCAGGCCCUCCAGGAAUAAGAGGAACAAAAGGAGAUAGAGGUCUCACAGGAAGCAAUGGUUUACCAGGUGAAAUAGGUGACAAAGGCAAUCAAGGUUCUCCAGGAUACAAAGGAGAGAAAGGACAAGCAAUUAUCUCAGAUUGUAAAGAGUGCACGUGUCCACAUAAUCAUCAUGCUGUUGUCAAACUUUAUACUUCCGGAUCUGAACACAAUGAAUCGCCAAUUAAAAAAGAUGCCAACACACACAGCUGGUUCAUUCCUUGGCACCUACGCAAUAAAAGUGACAUCCACCUGAAGGAAUUUGGAUUUCAUACAGAGAAUAAAGAGUCAGUGACAGUUCUCAGCGAUGGUGUGUUCUUGAUCAGCUGUACCAUCACCGUCAUUCAAGCAGAUACACCACUGACCAUGUCCAUCAAUACCAGCAGCCCUGUCUACUUUUUGUCCCAAACAAGAACUAAUAUCAACUAUGCACCGGAUGGCAGUCAAAUUGGCUGCACAUACAGUGGCUAUUUCCUUGGUUUUCUGCAGGCAAAUGAGGUAAUUCGGGUGCAAAUGACACUCACCAAUACAAGCAGAUCUAGUUUUACAGAUUUGGAAGUUUACAAUUAUGACCAGCCUGCUCUUCAGAUUGUCUUACUGUCUCGACUGUAACUCAGUAUAUUCAUAACAGUUACUCAAAUAGACAGUACUCAGUAUCUGUGUUAGCACAUUGCCUAUGCUGCUUACUGCACAUAGAUCUGCUAGAGGGUCAUCAGCUUCGUGUGACUUCUAUACAUGAACUACCUAGGUACACUAUAUAGCAUAUGCUGUACAUAAUAUAUCUUUGUUCUUUUCAACCAUGCAGAAAGUGCCCAAGAAAUGUGUUCCGCACAACA